UGAACAAACUGAAUCCAGUACAACUGUGAGGGAAUCUACCGCUGAGAUAAGUUCUUCACAAGAACUAAGUACCAGAGAGGUAACUUCUGUAGCACUGGAGCCCACAACAACAGGGGAAGGACCUACAACUGAGAUAAUGUCAACUAAGGCAGCUGAAUCAAGUACACAUGAUGUAGUAUCAACAUCUGAGAUAGUCUCUAAUGUACAGACUGAAGCUAGUACAAUUGCAACAGAAUCUACAGCUGAGAUAAUUUCUUCACAAGAACCAGGUACCAUAGAGAUAACUUCUGUAGCAGUGGAACCCACAACAACAGGGGAGGAAUCUAUAAGUGAGAUACUCUCUACAAGGGGACCUGAACCCAGUACAACAGAGGGGAAGUCUACAGCUCAGAUAGAUUCCACUGUGGCACCAGAAUUUAGUACCACAGUAAUAACAUCUGCAGUACUUGAACCAAGUACAAUAGGGGAAUCUACAGUAGAGAUAAUAUCUACUAGGGCAGCUGAACCAAGUACACAUGAGGCAGUAUCAACAUCUGAGGUAUUUUCUACUGAACAAACUGAAUCCAGUACAACUGUGAGGGAAUCUACCGCUGAGAUAAGUUCUUCACAAGAACUAAGUACCAGAGAGGUAACCUCUGUAGCACUGGAGCCCACAACAACAGGGGAAGGACCUACAACUGAGAUAAUGUCAACUAAGGCAGCUGAGUCAAGUACACAUGACGUAGUAUCAACAUCUGAGAUAGUCUCUAAUGUACAGACUGAAGCUAGUACAAUUGUAACGGAAUCUACAGCUGAGAUAAUUUCUUCACAAGAACCAGGUACCAUAGAGAUAACUUCUGUAGCACUGGAACCCACAACAACAGGGGAGGAAUCUAUAAGUGAGAUACUCUCUACAAGGGCACCUGAACCAAGUACAACAGAGGGAAAGUCUACAGCUCAGAUAGAUUCUACUGUGGCACCAGAACUAAGUACCACAGUAGUAACAUCUGCAGUACUUGAACCAAGUACAACAAGAGGGGAAUCUACAAUAGAGAUAAUGUCUACUAGGGCAGCUGAACCAAGUACACCUGAGGCAGUAUCAACAUCUGAGGUAUUUUCUACUGAACAAACUGAAUCCAGUACAACUGUGAGGGAAUCUACAGCCGAGAUAAGUUCUUCACAAGAACCAAGUACCGGAGAGAUAACUUCUGUAGCACCGGAACCCACAACAACAGGGGAGGGAUCUACAACUGAGAUAAUGUCAACGAGGGCAGCUGAAUCAAGUACACAUGACGUAGUAUCAACAUCUGAGAUGGUCUCUAAUGUACAGACUGGAGCUAGUACAAUUGUAAGGGAAUCUACAGCUGAGAUAAUUUCUUCACAAGAACCAGGUACCAUAGAGAUAUCUUCUGUAGCAGUGGAACCCACAACAACAGGGGAGGAAACUAUAAGUGAGAUACUCUCUACAAGGGCACCUGAAACCAGUACAACAGAGGAGAAGUCUACAGCUCAGAUAGAUUCUACUGUGGCACCAGAACUAAGUACCACAGUAGUAACAUCUGCAGUACUUGAACCAAGUACAACAAGAGAAGAAUCUACAGUAGAGAUAAUGUCUACUAGGGCAGCUGAACCAAGUACACGUGAGGCAGUAUCAACAUCUGAGGUAUUUUCUACUGAACAAACUGAAUCCAGUACAACUGUGAGGGAAUCUACAGCAGAGAUAAGUCCUUCACAAGAACCAAGUACCAGAGAGAUAACAUCUGUAGCACUGGAACCCACAACAACAGGGGAGGGAUCUACAACUGAGAUAAUGUCAACGAGGGCAGUUGAAUCAAGUACACAUGACGUAGUAUCAACAUCUGAGAUAGUCUCUAAUGUACAGACUGAAGCUAGUACAAUUGUAAGGGAAUCUACAGCUGAGAUAAUUUCUUCACAAGAACCAGGUACCAUAGAGAUAACUUCUGUAGCAGUGGAACCCACAACAACAGGGGAGGAAUCUAUAAGUGAGAUACUCUCUACAAGGGCACCUGAACCCAGUACAACAGAGGGGAAGUCUACAGCUCAGAUAGAUUCUACUGUGGCACCAGAACUAAGUACCACAGUAGUAACAUCUGCAGUACUUGAACCAAGUACAACAAGAGGGGAAUCUACAGUAGAGAUAAUGUCUACUAGGGCAGCUGAACCAAGUACACGUGAGGCAGUAUCAACAUCUGAGGUAUUUUCUACUGAACAAACUGAAUCCAGUACAACUGUGAGGGAAUCUACAGCAGAGAUAAGUUCUUCACAAGAACCAAGUACCAGAGAGAUAACUUCUGUACCACCGGAACCCCCAACAACAGGGGAGGGAUCAACAACUGAGAUAAUGUCAACGAGGGCAGCUGAAUCAAGUACACAUGACGUAGUAUCAACAUCUGAGAUAGUCUCUAAUGUACAGACUGAAGCUAGUACAAUUGUAAGGGAAUCUACAGCUGAGAUAAUUUCUUCACAAGAACCAGGUACCAUAGAGAUAACUUCUGUAGCACUGGAACCCACAACAACAGGGGAGGAAUCUAUAAGUGAGAUACUCUCUACAAGGGCACCUGAACCCAGUACAACAGAGGGGAAGUCUACAGCUCAGAUUCGUUCUUCACAAGAACCAAGUACCAGAGAGAUAACUUCUGUAGAAGUGGAACCCGCAUCAACAGCAGGACCUGAACCCAGUACAAGAGAGGAAAGAUCUACAGCUGAUAACAUUUCUACUGCAGCACCAGACCUAAGUACCAGAGAAGAAACAUCUGCAGCAAAUGAACUGAGCACAGCUGCACAUGGAUCAACAGCUGAGAUACAAUCUACUAAGGAACCUGAAACUAGCACAACUGAGGGGGAAUCUACAGCUCAGAUAAGCUCCACUGCGGCACCAGAACUAAGUACGAGACUAGUAACAUCUGCAGAACUUGAACCAAGUACAACAAGAGUGGAAUCGACAGUAGAGAUAAUCUCUACUAGGGCAGUUGAACCAAGUACACGUGAGGCAGUAUCAACAUCUGAGAUACUUUCUACUGAACAAACUGAAUCCAGUACAACUGUGAGGGAAUCUACAGCCGAGAUAAGUUCUUCACAAGAACCAAGUACCAGAGAAGCAACUUCUGUAGCAGUGGAAUCCACAACAACAGGGGAAGGAUCUACAACUGAGAUAAUUUCUACUGCAGGGCCUGAACCCAGUACAAAUGAGGAAAGAUCAACAGCUGAUAAAAUUUCUACUGCAGCACCAGACCUAAGUACCAGAGAAGAAACAUCUGCAGCAACUGAACUGAGCACAGCUGCUCAUGGAUCAACAGCUGAGAUACAGUCUACUAAGGAACCUGAAACUAGCACAACUGAGGGGGAAUCUACAGCUCAGAUAAGCUCCACUGCGGCACCAGAACUAAGUACGAGACUAGUAACAUCUGCAGAACUUGAACCAAGUACAACAAGAGUGGAAUCGACAGUAGAGAUAAUCUCUACUAGGGCAGCUGAACCAAGUACACGUGAGGCAGUGUCAACAUCUGAGAUAUUUUCUACUGAACAAACUGAAUCCAGUACAACUGUGAGGGAAUCUACAGCCGAGAUAAGUUCUUCACAAAAACCAAGUACCAGAGAAGCAACUUCUGUAGCAGUGGAAUCCACAACAACAGGGGAAGCAUCUACAACUGAGAUAAUUUCUACUGCAAGGCCUGAACCCAGUACAAAUGAGGAAAGAUCUACAGCUGAUACAAUUUCUACUGAAGCACCAGAUCUAAGUACCAGAGAAGAAAAAUCUGCAGCAACUGAACUGAGCACAGCUGCACAUGGAUCAACAGCUGAGGUACAAUCUACUGAGACACCUGAAACUAGCACAACUGAGGGGGAAUCUACAGCUCAGAUAAGCUCCACUGCAGCACCAGAACUAAGUACGAGACUAGUGACAUCUGCAGAACUUGAACCAAGUACAACAAGAGUGGAAUCGACAGUAGAGAUAAUCUCUACUAGGGCAGCAGAACCAAGUACACAUGAGGCAGUGUCAACAUCUGAGAUAUUUUCUACUGAACAAACUGAAUCCAGUACAACUGUGAGGGAAUCUACAGCCGAGAUAAGUUCUUCACAAGAACCAAGUACCAGAGAAGCAACUUCUGUAGCAGUGGAAUCCACAACAACAGGGGAAGGAUCUACAACUGAGAUAAUUUCUACUGCAGGGCCUGAACCCAGUACAAAUGAGGAAAGAUCUACAGCUGAUACAAUUUCUACCGCAGCACCAGACCUAAGUACCAGAGAAGAAAAAUCUGCAGCGACUGAACUGAGCACAGCUGCACAUGGAUCAACAGCUGAGGUACAGUUUACUGAGGCACCUAAUACUAGCACAACUGAGGGGGAAUCUACAGCUCAGAUAAGCUCUACGGUGGCACCAGAACUAAGUACGAGACUAGUAACAUCUGCAGCACUUGAACCAAGUACAACAAGAGUGGAAUCGACAGUAGAGAUAAUCUCUACUAGGGCAGCUGAACCAAGCACACGUGAGGCAGUAUCAGCAUCUGAUAUAUCCUCUACUGUAUUGACUGAAUCUAGUACAACUGUGAGGGAAUCUACAGCCGAGAUGAGUUCUUCACAUGAACCAAGUACCAGAGAAGUAACUUCUGUAGAAGUGGAACCCACAUCAACAGCAGAAGGAUCUACAACUGAGAUAAUGUCUACUUCAGGACCUGAACCCAGUACAAUGGAAGAAAGAUCUACAGCUGAUAAAAUUUCUACUGCAGCACCAGACCUAAGUACCAGAGAGGAAACAUCUGCAGCAACUGAAUUGAGCACGGCUGCACAUGGAUCAACAGCUGAGAUACAGUCUACUAAGGCACCUGAAACUAGUACAACUGAGGGGGAAUCUACAGCUCAGAUAAUUUCUACUGUGGCACCAGAACUAAGUACAAGAGUAGUAACAUCUGCAGCAUUUGAACUAAGUACAACAAGAGUGGAAUCUACAGUAGAGAUAAUCUCUACUAGGGCUUCUGAACCAAGUACACGUGAGGCAGUAUCAACAUCUGAGAUAUCCUCUACUCUAUGGACUGGAUCCAGUACAACUGUGAGGGGAUCUACAGCUGACAUAAGUUCUUCACAAGUACCAAGUACCAGAGAGGUAACUUCUGUGGUACUGGAACCCACAACGACAGGGGAGGGAUCUAUAACUGAGAUAAUUUCUACUGCAGGACCUGAACCCAGUACAACAGAGGAAAGGUCUACAGUUGAUACAAUUUUUACCGCAGCACCAGACCUAAGUACCAGAGAGGAAACAUCUGCAGCAACUGAACUGAGCACAGCUGCACAUGGAUCAACAGCUGAGAAUCAGUCUACUAAGGCAUCUGAACCUAGUAUAACUGAGGGGGAAUCUACAGCUCAUAUAAGUUCUACUGUGGCACCAGAACUAAGUACGAGAGAAAUAACAUCUGCAGCACUUGAACCAAGUACAACAAGAGCAGAAUCUACAGUAGAGAUAAUCUCUACUAAGGCUACUGAACCAAGUACACACAAGGCAGUAUCAACAUCUGAGAUAUUUCCUACUGAACAAACUAAAUCCAGUACAACUGUGAGAGAAUAUACAGCUGAGAUCAUUUCUACUCAAGAACCAAGUACCAGAGAGGUAACUUAUGUAUCACCGGAACCCAACACAGCAGGGGAGGGUUCUACAACUGAGAUAAUUUCUACAGCAGGACCUAAACCCAGUACAACUAAGGGAAGAUCUACAGAUGAUUCAUUUUUUACUGCAGCACCAGACCCAAGUACCAAAGAGAAAACAUCUGCAGCAACUGAACUGGGCACAACUGCACAGAGAUCAACAGCUGUGAUGCAGUCUACUAAAGCACCUGAACCCAGUACAACUCAGGGGAAAUCUACAGCCCAGGUAAGUUCUGCUGCAGCACCAGAACUAAGUACCAGAGAAGUCACAUCUGCAACACUUGAACCCAGUACAGUUGCAGGAGGCUCUACAAAUGGGGUCAUCUCUACUGCACGAACUGAGAGAGGAUCUACAGCUAAGAUCAUUUCAACUGAAGCACCAGAACCCAGUACAAAGGAGUUAUCAUCUACAGCACCUGAACCCAGUACAGCUGCAGAGGGUUCAACAGUUAAGAUCAUCUCUACUGCGCAAUCUGAGCUCAGUACAACUGUGAGGUUACCUACAGUAGAGUCUACUAGAACACCUGCCUCAAGUACAUCUGUGGGGGGAUUUACUACUACUACUACUACCACUACUACUACUACUACUACUACUACUACUACUUCUUCUUCCAGAAAUGCUACUACUGAAGGCUCUGUUUCCUCCAUGCCGCUCACUGUUGUAUCAUCAACACCAUCGCAUCUUUUAAACACUUCAGCAAAUAGAAAUACAAUAACACCACUUGACAUCUUCAAUACUACAACGUACUCUCCUGUAACCUCAUCAUCGUUACCAGUGAAUUUUACAGCAACACAAGAAAUCAUUACUAGUACAAUUACAAAGUACACAUCUUUAGGACCAAUGCAUUCAACAACAAUGCAAUAUACAAGCAUUACAAGGCCUGGGAUUUCCACUACUAUCCAGGAAUACACAACAGCCUUCAACAAUACCACAAAGGCUCCUGUGCUCUGCAAUCUGCUGUGCAAUAACGGCAAGUGUUAUAUUAAGUCUGAUACAUCUACUCCUGUAUGUACAUGUAACAAGGGCUUCAAACCUGACCAGAAUGAGAGAUUAUGCGUGGAUAUCAAUGAAUGCGAUAUGAGCAUCUGCCAGCACCAAUGCUUUAACACAAUUGGAGGAUACUCAUGCUCCUGCAGGGAUGGAUAUGAACUAGACAACAGCAACCUAAAAAAUUGCAUUGAAAUUGAUCACUGUAUUGGCUCUCCUUGCAUCAAUGGACAAUGCAAAAAUCAUGUCUAUGGCUAUACAUGUAAAUGUAACACAGGUUGGGAGGGACAGAACUGUGAAAAAGAUGUGAACGAAUGUUUGAGGAACAAUCCUUGCACCUCCAAAGGGAUCUGCAGCAAUACACAGGGCUCGUUUACAUGCAGCUGCAGACGAGGCUGGAAAGGAACAACUUGCUCUGAAGAUAUUGAUGAAUGUGCAAACAACGUUUGUAAGAACGGAGCUUGCAAGAACUCUGAAGGAAGCUAUUCGUGUAGAUGUGAUAAAGGAUACAGUGGUGACAAUUGUGACAUUGAUAUUAAUGAGUGUCUGAGCAACCCAUGUCGAAACGGUGCCACCUGCAAAGAUAUGGUCGAUGCGUUCUCAUGCACUUGUCGGCCCGGUUACACCGGCAGGUUCUGUGAGACAGAUAUAAAUGACUGUACCAGCACCUCAUGUUUCAAUGGAGGAAUCUGCAUCGAUCUAGUGAAUGAUUUUUCUUGUAUAUGUCCUUCAAAUUAUGAAGGGAAGAGGUGCACCAGUGAUGUCGAUGAAUGUGCAACAGGGCUCAGUCGCUGCAGCGUCAACGCUUAUUGUACAAACACAUAUGGAUCAUAUACCUGUACUUGCAAAACAGGAUACAAGGGAAAUGGAUUUACUUGUAGAGAGAAACGGCUUUUUGAUUACAGAUAUAACAACAAUUAUAUAAUAACUCAGAGGUAUAAGGACUUCACCUCUCCCUUGAUCAAUGUCCCCAUUGGCUUUCCUUUUGGGUCUAAAUUUUAUAGUUCAUUAUAUUUCACAGACAAUGGAGUGAUCAUUUUUCAACGUAAUCCCUAUUCUCCCAUGUACACGUACAGUUAUCCCUACAGCCGUUUCUACGACUAUGACUACUAUACACCUCCCAUGAUUGCUGUGUUCUGGGCAGAUGCCGAUUUUUCUCAAUUUGGAAAUGUAUACUAUAAGACAUAUGACUUCCUCAGCUCCCCUAAUAUGGAUGUUAGUUUCAAAAAUACUAUUCAAAGUGAAGUAAAGAGUUACUUUAAUAUGGAUUUUCAAGCAGCAUGGGCGAUAAUGAUCACAUGGGAAGAAGCUCAACCCUAUCCUGCACAAUUCUUCUCUACUGCACAGACAAACACUUUUCAAGCUGUACUGGUCACGGAUGGAAUCUAUUCCUUUUGUUUAACACGCUUUGAUGAUGGAGGAAUGAACUGGCCAUACUAUGCUCUACCUAGAAAUUAUCCACCAAAAAUGGGCUAUUUGAGUGAUCCUACUUACUACAGUAAUUCGCCUAAUUUCCCGGCAUUCAAUGAUCCUCAAACAGAACCAUAUGUUAAUAUCCAACAGAGAUAUACUCCAGACCAGUCUGUGGGAUACAAAACCAACAAGAAAGGCCACUGGGCUUAUCGACUGGAGAAUAAUGCAGCAAACACUAAAAACCCUAUCCAACAAUGCCUGAAGUGGUACUACAAUGAACCAGUGUGGUCCAACUAUGUCAGACCUUGUCCUUGCUCCUCCUGGCAGGCUUUUUGGGAUUCUUCAUUCACACCUUCCAGCAGACUAUGGUGGUAUGAUUUCCAACAGAAAAAUCCAGAUAUAUAUAAUUCAUACCAGAGCUCAUCUCGUUCCUGGUUUGGAGGAGGCACUAGAUGUUACUACAAUAUAUGGGGAGGUCUUAUGUAUGGAGAGAAAGAACGAUUCUUGCCAGCUCCUUGGGAAUAUGAUAACUUAUGGCUUCGAUGGUGGAAUCCAAACUCAUAUUAUUAUUAUUAUUAUAAUGUGCGACCAAAUAUUAUGACAGCAUUACAAAAUGAAUAUAAAGUUAAUGAGGUAGAUCCUUACAAUAACUGUUGUAGGGAUUCCGGUUCAGCAACCCUCUGCGCAAUGUAUAGACAGAAGAGACCCCUAGAUUUCUGCUUUGGAUACAUCCCACCAUUUAUAGGAUUUUUUUUUGGAGACCCCCACAUCACCACACUUGAUGGACUGCGAUACACCUUCAAUGGCUUAGGAGAGUUUGUUUUGGUAAACGUGAAAGACGAGAAUGGUACAGUGAUUUUCAGACUACAGGGACGUACAGCUAGAGCUGGAAAUGGAACAUCGCAAGCAACCAACUUUAUCGGUCUGGCUGCCAUGAUACAAAAUGAGACCACGAUUGAGUGGAACCUGCGCAAUGAAAAUUCCACAACUGUGAAGAUUAAUGGGACUACAUUUGAAAUAGGAGAAAAUGCCACCUAUAUCAACAAGUUCACUUUAGAGAAGACAAGCAAAAACGAGACCCAAGCCUCAUUUGAUGGUGGAAUAUCAGUCACAGUGUCUGCCAAACUGGGAGCUUUGAGCUUUGUCACAUCAUUAGAUUCUUCAUAUCAGAAAAGGACAGAAGGACUUCUGGGUGUGUUCAAUGGGAAUAAAAGUGAUGAUUUAGUGGCUGCCAAUGGAACUGAGUUGACAUAUAAUGAAGAAAAAAGUCCCAAUGAUUCCCAGAUUUUUGAAAUUGGAAUGACCUGGAAAACAACUCCCCGAAAUAGUAUCUUUAUCUACAACACCACAAAUGGUGAAUCCUGGUACACCUACAACAACAACAGCUUUGUGCCCUUGUUUUACGAUGAGUUACUUUUAACCAAGAAUCCUGAUACUGUCAAGAAAGCAAAUGAGACCUGCAAAGGAAAUGAUGAAUGCAUUUUUGACAUCUUGAGUACGGGUGAUUUUGCAGUGGGAGAAGCAACAUUGGAGACAUUCAACACAGUACAAGAACAGAACAACGCUAUGAACAACUUUCCACCCAAUAUAACUGGACCAUCCACCAUUAGGACAGAACUCUACAAAUCUGUGACGGUGAAUUACACAGCCUCUGACCCAAACAAUGACACAGUGACAUUCUCCCUGUUAACAGAUUCAAGCGAUGUUUCCCUGGAUGCUAAUGGAGUCCUGGUGUGGAAUCCGACAAGUUCUAAUCCUGUAAACGCCACUGUCCAGGCAAACGAUUCUAAGGUUACCACUGAAAUAGCCCUGACUUUGGUUCUGUGCAACUGUACCAACAAUGGCAGCUGUAUUUAUGAUGAGCCAACAAGUAUAGGAAACAACACAAACUUCAUGUUUGCAGGUUGUAACUGCUCCCGGGCAUGGACAGGCGCUUACUGUGAAGAAGACCUGAAUGAAUGUCUACAAAACCAAUGCUAUAAUAGCUCUACAUGCGAAGACAUGAAAGCUCCUUUAGAUGGAUUCAGAUGUGGACCAUGUCCCGAAGGACUUGAUGGAGAUGGGAUUAAUUGUAAUGAUAUCAACGAAUGCCUUUUAAACAAAUCAACCUGCGACCAUAUUUGCAUUAAUAUCUUGGGUGGCUACAACUGCAGCUGUGAGGAUGGCUAUAAAGUUAACAACCUGAACAGCUCCAAGUGUGAUGAUAUUGAUGAAUGUGCCAAUGUCACAUCUCCAUGUGGUCUGAAUGCUCACUGUACUAAUGAGCCUGGAAACUACACAUGUCAUUGCAAGCCUGGUUAUGAUGGAAACCCAUAUCAGCUGUGUGUUGACAUCAAUGAAUGUGCGGUAGAAAACACAACUAAUUGUCCCACACAAUCCAUCUGCAUAAAUACAAACGGAUUGUUCACAUGUGACUGUCUACCAGGGUAUGCAGGGAAAAACUGCACAGAUGUUGAUGAAUGUCUGGAUAACUCCACCAUUUGUCCUGUGCAUUCUGAAUGCACCAACACGCUUGGUUCCUAUCAGUGUAACUGUAUUGUUGGCUAUGAGGGUACAAAUUGCACAGACAUUGAUGAGUGUUCCAGAGGUGAAAACAACUGUAGUUUAUGGGCUGAGUGUACCAACACUGAUGGCGCCUAUAUCUGUGUGUGCAGAAGCGGAUACGCUGGUGACGGCAUUCAGUGUGAAGAUAUCAACGAGUGCCAGCUUAAUAGCAGUAUAUGCGGCAUAAACUCAGAUUGCACUAAUACCAAUGGAAGCUAUGACUGCCAGUGCAAACAAGGAUAUAAACGUGAAAAUAUAAGUGACUUCUGUGUAGAUAUCGAUGAAUGCAGUUCCUCUGAAUAUUGCAGAGGUGAUCAGCAAAGCUGUAAGAACACUGAUGGCAGCUUUAUAUGUGAAUGCAACUCAGGAUACCAACGAGAAAACAACAGCUGUAUAGAUAUUAAUGAGUGUGCCCCAGGUUACGCCAACAACUGCUCAAGCAAUGCGAUCUGCUCCAACCUGGCCGGAUCAUAUUACUGUCAGUGUACUGCAAACUACACUGGAGAUGGCAUAAAUUGCACUGUUAUUGAUGAAUGCAAGCUCAACAUAUCGAAAUGCGAACAAAUUUGCAGAGGUUUCCUAGGUGGACACAUCUGCAGCUGUGAGGAUGGUUAUGAAGUGAAUAAACUGAACAGCUCCAAGUGUGAUGACAUUGAUGAAUGUGCCAAUGUUACCUCUCCCUGUGGACUGAACACCGAGUGUAAAAAUCUACCUGGAAAUUACUCAUGCCACUGCAAUGCCGGCUUUGGAGGAGACCCUUACACCGGGUGUUAUGAAACAAAUAUUUCUACCACAGCUACUCCAGAAUUAACAAAUGGAACAUCAGUGGCACCAGUUAUCCAAUCAACAAAUGGUACAUCAGUGACACAAACUGACCCAUCAACAUCAACAAAUAGUACAUCAGUGACACAGGCUUUUCAAUCAGCAUCAACAAAUGGAUCAUCAGUGACACACAGUAACCAAUCAGCAUCAACAAAUGGAUCAUCAGUGACACAGUCUAUCCCAUCAGUAUCAACCACUGGAACAUCAUCAAAACCAGUUAUCCCAUCAACAACAACUACUGGCACAUUAACCACAAACACAUCAGUGUCACCUGCUGCCCAUUCAUCAUCAACAACAUUGACAGAAGAUUUCCAAUCAGCAUCAACAAAUCAAUCUUUAGUGACACACAGUAACCAAUCUGCAUCAACAAAUGGAUCAUCAGUGACACAGUCUAUCCCAUCAGUAUCAACCACUGGAACAUCAUCAAAACCAGUUAUCCCAUCAACAACAACUACUGGCACAUUAACCACAAACACAUCAGUGUCACCUGCUGCCCAUUCAUCAUCAACAACAUUGACAGAAGAUUUCCAAUCAGCAUCAACAAAUCAAUCUUUAGUGACACACAGUAACCAAUCAGCAUCAACAAAUGGUACAUUGGUUGCAACAACUAUCAAAUUCUCUACAUCAUCAACAACCACAAACACAACUACGUCUACAACUACUACCACUUCAACUACCAGUAUUACUACGUCUACCACUACCACUGCUAGUACUACAAUACCCAGUAACGAAGCUGUCAACCUUUAUCCAUAUGGAAUGGAAAAUGGAGAUAUUCAGUUUGUCCAAUCAAACCCUGACUUUACAUCCCCCCUGUUCCAGCCAGAAAUGGGAUUUCCGUUUGGUAACAAACUAAGGACUUAUAUUUAUUACACAGACAAUGGGCAGAUUAUCUUCCCUGUAUCUAAAAACAAUGUCUUCUCAUACACCAACCCACCAGCCAGUGGAUUCACUAAUGAUUUUAAUGUGGCCAUGAUCGCUGUCUUUUGGGAUGAUGCUGAUUUCUCCAGUAAUGUUGGAACAACGUACUAUCGGGUAUAUGACAGCAGUGCUCGUAAUGCUUCUGUGGUCCUGGAUGUGAAAUCAAAAAUCCAGAAGUAUUUUAACAGCAGUUACAAUCCUGAGUGGACCUUGAAAAUAACUUGGGAAAAUGCUCCUUCCUAUCCAGCGAAGAACAAUAAUAACAGGACCAACACAUACCAGGCUAUUCUGACCACCGAUGGUUAUGUUUCAUAUGUCCUGAUGCUCUAUAAAGAUGGCGGAAUGAACUGGGAUGUAUCCAGUCGCAUUUCUAACCUUGUCAUUGGCUAUAGCAGUGGGUACAGGGAUGGAUUUUUCAAAAAUGAUGAUAUAAUGAAAAAACCUGCUGCAGAGAAAUAUCGCCCCUCAGCUUACGUGGGCACCGGUUCAGAUUUACGAGGUCUCUUUAUGUAUUCACUGAACAAUCUUGCUCUGGACAACAACCAAAUGAAUUGUCUGAAGUGGUACAAUUCUGAGCCCGUACCGACGACAUGGAAUACAAACUUACCAUCCUGUCCCUGUUUAUAUCAGCAGGGGGUCUCAGAUUUCCGCUACAAACAAACUAAAACAGGAGGGUCUGGCAGUACCAAACUACUUCGCAACACAUCCCCAAAUCGGUUUAAUGCUGGUGUGAGGUGCGUGUACUACAAGGGGAAUCAGUUUCUAGAAGGUUUUCAGGAGAAACAUUGGAGCUCACCAAGCAGUGAGAUAGAUUAUUAUGAUGUCUGUUGCAAUAAAGUGGCAAACCCCCAGUUCUGUUCAAAGUACAGAGAGAGGAGACCUCCAAUCAAUUGUAGGACCUAUAGGCCUUUAUUCCCUGGUUGGAUGUUCGGUGACCCGCACAUUACCACUCUGGAUGGAUUCAGUUAUACUUUUAAUGGGCUUGGAGAGUUUCUCCUCCUUAACGCAUCAGACUCAGGCAUCUCCCUCAUUCUACAAGGACGGACGGUACAGACAGGGAAUGCAAGUGCCACUAACUUUGAUGCGUUUGUUGCGCAGUACACCUCCAGCACUGCAAGUGUUAAAGUGGAGUGGUAUGUCACAAAUAAGGAGACAAUAACAACUUUUAUAGACAACAAUAUUGUUUCAUUCACAUUUUCAGAUGAUAUGGACACACACAUUAACGAUUCUAACCCUGCUGUCUUCCUACUGAAGAAUGACUCAGUCACAGCAACAUUUGAAGGCCUUCUCUCUGUGUCAGUGUCAGUAAGCUUUGGAAUGCUGAAUGCCAUAACUGGCCUUCCAACCCAAUUCAUGAGUAAAACUAAAGGCUUGAUGGGUACCUGGAACGAUAACCAGACAGACGAUUUCCUUAAACCAGAUGGUACAACCAUUCCCAUCCAAAGCACAGAAGAAGAAAUAUUUAAAUACGGGAUGGCAUGGAAAGUUGAGAACAGUUUCUUUUCUAAUGGAGUACCAUCAGUGAGAAGUUCAAACUCUUUUACACCUGUCUUUCUAAGUGAUUUGAGAAAUCGGGACCCUGAUAAUUAUAACAAGACGUUGGGUCUGUGCCAAAACAACAUAGAGUGUGUCUAUGAUGCUUUAAGUACCAACAAUACCAACAUUGGUCUAUCGACCAGGCAGACGUCUCAAAUAUUCCAGGAAACCAAGACCAUUUCGAAUUUGAUCCCUCCAUUUAUUUAUGGCAUUGGAACUCUCCAGACCUUUAUGAGAGAAAAAGUUCAAACAGAAUUCACCACCAAUGGAACUAAUGUCACUUUCAGUACUGAUAUUUCUCAUAAAGACAUCAACGUCUCUGCGAAUGGCCAACUAAGCUGGACCCCAAACAGCACAGAUGGAUUUACAUUAAGGAUUAUAGCCACAGAUUCUCAGAACCUCUCCUCUUCUUUGGAGCUUCAGUUGAUCGUAUGUGAUUGUCGCCUGUCCAUUGAAUGUGACUAUGCACAAAGAUCCAGAGUCAACAACACUUCUGUUUAUGUAGCAAGCUGUAAUUGUUCUGGAAAUUACUCUGGACCUUUCUGCAAGACUGCUCCAGAUCGCUGUCUUCAAGGAUGCUUCCCUGGAGUAGCGUGUGACAACAAAACUGGAUGUGGUGCCUGCCCUGUUGGGUUCACUGGAAGUGGGCUUCACUGCACAGACAUAGAUGAAUGUGCCAAUGUUACCUCUCCCUGUGGACGGAACACUGAGUGUAAAAAUCUACCUGGAAAUUACUCAUGCCACUGCAAUGCCGGCUUUGGAGGAGACCCUUACACCGGGUGUUAUGAAACAAAUAUUUCUACAACAGCUACUCCAGCAUCAACAAAUGGAACAUCAGUGGCACCAGUUAUCCAAUCAACAAAUGGUACAUCAGUGACACAAACUGACCUAUCAACAUCAACAAAUAGUACAUCAGUGACACAAACUGACCUAUCAACAUCAACAAAUAGUACAUCAGUAACACAGGCUUUUCAAUCAGCAUCAACAAAUGGAUCAUCAGUGACACAGUCUAUCCCAUCAGUAUCAACCACUGGAACAUCAUCAAAACCAGUUAUCCCAUCAACAACAACUACUGGCACAUUAACCACAAACACAUCAGUGUCACCUGCUGCCCAUUCAUCAUCAACAACAUUGACACAACCUUUCCAAUCAGCAUCAACAAAUCAAUCUUUAGUGACACACAGUAACCAAUCAGCAUCAACAAAUGGAUCAUCAGUGACACAGUCUAUCCCAUCAGUAUCAACCACUGGAACAUCAUCAAAACCAGUUAUCCCAUCAACAACAACUACUGGCACAUUAACCACAAACACAUCAGUGUCACCUGCUGCCCAUUCAUCAUCAACAACAUUGACAGAAGCUUUCCAAUCAGCAUCAACAAAUCAAUCUUUAGUGACACACAGUAACCAAUCAGCAUCAACAAAUGGAUCAUCAGUGACACAGUCUAUCCCAUCAGUAUCAACCACUGGAACUUCAUCAAAACCAGUUAUCCCAUCAACAACAACAACUACUGGCACAUUAACCACAAACACAUCAGUGUCACCUGCUGCCCAUUCAUCAUCAACAACAUUGACACAACUUUUCCAAUCAGCAUCAACAAAUCAAUCUUUAGUGACACACAGUAACCAAUCAGCAUCAACAAAUGGUACAUCAGCGACAACAGCUAUCCCACCAGCUUCAACAAAUGGUACAUCGGUUGCAACAACUAUCAAAUCCUCUACAUCAGCAACAACCACAAACACAACUACGCCUACAACUACUACCACUUCAACUACUAGUAUUACUACAUCUACCACUACCACUGCUAGUACUACAACACCCAGUAAUGGAGCUGUCAACCUUUAUCCGUAUGGAACGAAAGAUGGAGAUAUUCAGUUUGUUCAAUCAGAAUGGGACUUUACAUCCCCGCUGUUCCAGCCAGAAAUGGGAUUUCCAUUUGGCAACAAACUAAGGACUUAUAUUUAUUACACAGACAAUGGGCAGAUUAUCUUCCCUGUAUCUAAAAACAAUGUCUUCUCAUACACCAACCCACCAGCCAGUGGAUUCACUAAUGAUUUUAAUGUGGCCAUGAUCGCUGUCUUUUGGGAUGAUGCUGAUUUCUCCAGUAAUGUUGGAACAACGUACUAUCGGGUAUAUGACAGCAGUGCUCGUAAUGCUUCUGUGGUCCUGGAUGUGGAAUCAAAAAUCUGGAAGUAUUUUAAAAGCAAUUACACUGCUGAGUGGACCUUGAAAAUAACUUGGGAAAAUGCUCCUUCCUAUCCAGCUAAGAACAAUAAUAACAGGACCAACACAUACCAGGCUAUUCUGACCACCGAUGGUUAUGUUUCAUAUGUCCUGAUGCUCUAUAAAGAUGGUGGAAUGAACUGGGAUGUAUCCAGUCGCAUUUCUAACCUUGUCAUUGGCUAUAGCAGUGGGUACAGGGAUGGAUUUUUCAAAAAUGAUGAUAUAAUGAAAAAACCUGCUGCAGAGAAAUAUCGCCCCUCAGCUUACGUGGGCACCGGUUCAGAUUUACGAGGUCUCUUUAUGUAUUCACUGAACAAUCUUUCUCUGGAAAACAACCAAAUGAAUUGUCUGAAGUGGUACAAAUCCCAGGACGUACCGACGACAUGGAAUACAAACUUACCAUCCUGUCCCUGUUUAUAUCAGCAGGGGCUCUUAGAUUUCCGCUACAAAAAAACUAAAACAGGAGGGUCUGGCAGUACCAAACUACUUCGCAACACAUUCCCAAAUCGGUCUAAUGCUGGUGUGAGGUGCGUGUACUACAAGGGGAAUCAGUUUCUAGAAGGUUUUCAGGAGAAACAUUGGAGCUCACCAAGCAGUGAGAUAGAUUAUUAUGAUGUCUGUUGCAAUAAAGUGGCAAACCCCCAGUUCUGUUCAAAGUACAGAGAAAGGAGACCUGCAAUCAAUUGUAGGACCUAUAGGCCUUUAUUCCCUGGUUGGAUGUUCGGUGACCCGCACAUUACCACUCUGGAUGGGCUCAGUUAUACCUUUAAUGGGCUUGGAGAGUUUCUCCUCCUAAACGCAUCAGACUCAGGCAUCUCCCUCAUUCUACAAGGACGGACGGUACAGACAGGGAAUGCAAGUGCCACUAACUUUGAUGCUUUUGUUGCGCAGUACACCUCCAGCACUGCAAGUGUUAAAGUGGAGUGGUAUGUCACAAAUAAGGAGACAAUAACAACUUUUAUAGACAACAAUAGUGUUUCAUUCACAUUUUCAGAUGAUAUGGACACACACAUUAACGAUUCUAACCCUGCUGUCUUCCUACUGAAGAAUGACUCAGUCACAGCAACAUUUGAAGGCCUUCUCUCUGUGUCAGUGUCAGUAAGCUUUGGAAUGCUGAAUGCCAUAACUGGCCUUCCAACCCAAUUCAUGAGUAAAACUAAAGGCUUGAUGGGUACCUGGAACGAUAACCAGACAGACGAUUUCCUUAAACCAGAUGGUACAACCAUUCCCAUCCAAAGCACAGAAGAAGAAAUAUUUAAAUACGGGAUGGCAUGGAAAGUUGAGAACAGUUUCUUUUCCAAUGGAGUACCAUCAGUGAGAAGUUCAAACUCUUUUACACCUGUCUUUCUAAGUGAUUUGAGAAAUCGGGACCCUGAUAAUUAUAACAAGACGUUGGGCCAAUGCCAAAACAACAUAGAGUGUGUCUAUGAUGCUUUAAGUACCAACAAUACCAACAUUGGUCUAUCGACCAGGCAGACGUCUCAAACAUUCCAGGACACCAAGACCAUUUUGAAAUCGAUCACUCCAUUUAUUUAUGGCAUUGGAACUCUCCAGACCUUUAUGGGAGAAAAAGUUCAAACAGAAUUUACCACCAAUGGAACUAAUGUCACUUUCAGUACUGAUAUUUCUCAUAAAGACACCAACGUCUCUGCGAAUGGCCAACUAAGCUGGACCCCAAACAGCACAGAUGGAUUUACCUUAAGGAUUAUAGCCACAGACUCUCAGAACCUCUCCUCUUCUUUGGCGCUUCAGUUGAUCGUAUGUGAUUGUCGCCUGUCCAUUGAAUGUGACUAUGCACAAACAUCCAGAGUCAACAACACUUCUGUUUAUGUAGCAAGCUGUAAUUGUUCUGGAAAUUACUCUGGACCUUUCUGCAAGACUGCUCCAGAUCGCUGUCUUCAAGGAUGCUUCCCUGGAGUAGCUUGUGACAACAACACUGGAUGUGGUGCCUGCCCUGUUGGGUUCACUGGAAAUGGGGUUCACUGCACAGACAUAGAUGAAUGUGCCAAUGUUACCUCUCCCUGUGGACUGAACACUGAGUGUAAAAAUCUACCUGGAAAUUACUCAUGUCACUGCAAUGCCGGCUUUAGAGGAGACCCUUACACCGGGUGUAAUGGUAAUGGUACGGUUUGUGAAUGUGGUUCCUGUGAAGCAAGUUACUGCAACAAUGGUGGAAUCUGUACCAGGAAUGGGCCAUCAUGCACCCAGCAAUGCAAAUGUCACCCGGCAUUCAAGGAUGAUAGAUGUAUGAUUGCUGGCAACAAUUUUCCUGCAAAGCUAAUUGCAGGUACUAAAAAUAGGACCUUACGAUUAAUACUUCAGUCUUCUCAAAAUUUCACUUUUCGGGAUGCUUAUGACAAGGUCAAAAAAUUAACAGACUUCACAACUCAAUUUAGUAACAUCACCAAUUUCACCAUAUCAGAGCGAGUGCAAAGUGGCAGUUCUGUCUUUACCGCAAACACCACAGCGGAAUUUACUUACACUGCAAAUCUGUCGGUGAUAAAACUUUUGAAUGACGAAUUAAUAGACAAGCUUAUAAAACGGACGUGGUUAAACCAACGUACAGGAUCAGACUUAAAUGUGACAGAAGUUAUCGAUGGUCAGAAAUUGUCACUGGAGGAGCUGAAACAAUUACUUAUCUGUGAUUUAAAUGGAUAUAGUUAUACACUGAACAAAGACACCUUAGAAUGUCAGUCCACCUGCCAUGAUUACUGUAAGAAUAAUGCUGUAUGUGAGCAGAUUCUGAAUGAAACCUACUGCAGGUGUGAGCCCUUUAGUAUAUACAUGACAUCUGGUCCCAAGUGUGAAACCCUCACCAUGAAACUGGAUGCCUUCUUUGGGAUACUGUUUGGAGCUCUGGCAUUCCUUUUCCUUCUUUCGUUGGGCAUUGGAAUUGGAAUCUACUACUGUCGUUGCAAAGAGAAAGAUGACUUUGGUGACACUGAAAGAAUUCACCAUACAGAGUUUAAAUGGAGGAGUUCUCCAUUCUCAUCUUUUACCAAGUUGAAAGAGUCAUCAAUACCAUCCUUGGAGACGAAUAGUGUAGUGCCAAACCUAGUUAGCUGGAAACCUCACCUGGAAAAAGUUGACAGCUUCACAGAGGUGAAGAUUAAAAGACCAGACAUGAAAGACUGACCAAACUAAAAAGAAAAACAUUUUCAAUGACGUUUUAGAUGGUUCCCUAAAACUGAGAUUACAAAUAUGCCCACUAAGGCAGAUUUGUUCAGAGGUUUAAAACAUUUAAUAGAAAACAAUGUAUUCUCUCAAUGACAUUUAUGUAUGUUAAAUUCCAUUAAAUUGUAGUUUUUUCUUACUCAACUCAGGAAACACAACAGGUCUACAUCCAGCUGCUCAAGGCUAAAGAAAGGUAGCUUCCGUGUGCAGUACAUGUGCCAGUACUUUUUACUUAUGCCUUGUUUUACUUGCUUUAAUACUUUCAAAAAGACCCAAAAGCUACUACACACAAUAUUAUAUGUACUGUUUCUUUUAUUUUCUAAUGUGAAUAAUUAUGCGUUUUGUAACAGUGUUUUUUAAUACAUUUUGAUUGUAGAAAUGUAAUAUUUUAACAGAUUAAAAUCUAUUAAUUUAACAAAUUUUAAACUUGCAGAAGUAUGAUAACAUGUAACCUGUAUCCAAGUUUUACGCAAUAUUUUUAUAAAAAGGAAAAACUGAUGAAACAUUUUGACGUAUUUUUAUAUAAUUGAUGCUUUAAAUAAAUGUAUUCUCCUUUGUAUCAGUGUCAUUCAUUAGUUCAUUAAACCUGAUUAAAAGUG